CAGAAAUUUUCGCUGGGAAAGAACAACAAAACUUGUUCGAUCAACUCCCAACCUCCAAACCCAAAAAUCCUGCGCGCACAUCACAGCAGCCAUGGCGUUCGGAACCCUCUACACCUACCCGUCCAACCCCCGGUCGACGGCCAUCCUCGCAGUUGCGAAGGCCAACAACCUCGACAUCAAGACUGUUGAGGUUGAUACGACCAACCCUGGUCCUGAGUAUCUCAAGUACAACAAGCUUUCCAAGGUCCCUACCUUUGUUGGCGAGGACGGAUAUGUCUUGUACGAAUGCAUUGCCAUCGCCAUCUACAUCACCUCCCAGAACGAGAAGACGACGCUCCUUGGCAAGACCAAGCAGGACUAUGCCUCGAUCCUGAAGUGGAUGUCGUUCUUCAACUCCGAGGUCCUUCCUAAGAUGGGAGGCUGGUACCGCCCGCUCCUCGGACGCGACCCGUACAACAAGAAGGCAGUCGAGGAUUCUGCGAAGGCAGCCAUGCAGGCCAUCGCGGUUGUUGAGGAGCACCUCCUCCACAACACCUACCUCGUCGGAGAGCGCAUCACCCUUGCCGAUCUCUUCUGUACUGCCAUCAUUAGCCGUGGUUUCGAGUUCUUCUUCGACACCAAGUGGCGCCAGGAGAACCCCAACGUCUCCCGGUGGUACGAGACGGUCUACAACCAGCCCAUCUACUCGGCCGUUGCCUCCAAGUUCGCUCUCCUUGACACCCCCAAGUUGACCAACACUCCCCCCAAGAAGGCUCAGCAGCCGAAGCAGGCCAAGCAGGAGGCCCCCAAGGCUGCUGCGAAGCCGAAGGUCCAGGAGGAUGAGGAUGAGCCCGCGCCUCCCCCCAAGCCCAAGCACCCCCUCGAUCUCCUCCCCAAGGCAUCAAUGCCCUUGGACGAGUGGAAGCGCGAGUACUCCAAUCAUGAUACCCCUGUCGCCCUUAAAUGGUUCUGGGAGAACAUCAAUUUUGAAGAGUACUCUAUCUGGAAGGUGGAAUUCAAGUACAACGACGAGUUGACCUUGGUCUUCAUGUCCAACAACCUUAUUGGCGGCUUCAACGCCCGUCUGGAGGGUUCCCGCAAGCACAUCUUCGGAUGUGCGUCGGUGUUUGGCGAGAACAACAACUCGGUUAUCCAGGGUGCUUUCGUCAUCCGGGGCCAGGAUUACGUUCCGGCCUUCGACGUUGCUCCCGACUAUGAGAGCUACGAGUUCACCAAGCUCGACCCCAACAAGCCUGAGGAUCGUGACUUCGUCGAACUUCAUUGGUCGUGGGAUCGCCCCAUUACCUACAACGGUAAGGAGUACCCCCACGCCGAUGGCAAGGUCUUCAAGUAAGCUACUUGGUAUGAAGGGGGAAACCCGGAUGGUAUAGUCGGGAUUUGGUCCUGGCCCAUGAUGCAUCUGAUGACUUAUGCCCAAGGGUGGAAAAUGAUGGGAAUUCGGGACGGCUGGUUCUUUUGCUGCUUGGCGUCGUGUCUCGGAAGAAAACAUCUGGGACCCAGCCUACGAUAGAUGAAAAGAAAAAGGGGCCUGUAUGACAGCUAACGUCUCUCAUGUUCUCGUGUGUUCGUAUGCCUCAUCCAGUGUUUGGUGAUUUUUGUAGUCGGUGCCCUUGUGUGUCUCUGGUAUCCAGAUGACUUGAGAAGGAAUCCUGCCUGCCUGCUUGAGCAUAAUCAAUGUACAGUAUGUCACAAUGCUACGACAAAUAGUCGGCUACCCUUCCUCUUGAUACUCUUAUUCCACCAUCAUCUUGCAACUCCAUCCUAAGCAGGGGCAAAAAGGAAAAAUGAAAAAAGGGGCCAAGAAAUAGGAAG